ACAAGUACUUGCGACUUCGACAUGGCCAAGUUGAUUUUGAUAUCGGGAUUUUGUUUGCUUGCAGUCGCCACGCAGGCUGCUACUUAUAGAGACGCACAUUUACCACAUAGAGUGGUGAGGUCGCCGCACUAUGGAGUACACUUCCACGAUAAUCAACCACUGUACCCACCACCACCUUUUCCUCCUCAACCACCACCACCGCCUUUUAUUUACCGAACACACAAUUGGAGUGGUGUAGGUCGUAACAUUGGUGGUGCUGGUGGAGGUGUCUUUAGUGGCGCUGCCGCGUCUGCUCAAAGUGAAAUCCCUGCUGCGAACGCAGCAUUUUCCUUGGCUGAAGCUGGUGCGGUCCAAGGUCAAUUUGAAGCACAAUCCGCUGAAUCUGAUGACAAUUCCGGUUCAAAUGGCUUCAAAAACUCCGGUCACUAUAAUUCUAAUUCAGAAUCAAGUUCUCAUAAAUUUGGAAGUAAUUCAGAAGAUUAUUCAAAGAACAAAUCAGGCCAUAGUGACAAUGGGGGGUACUCAGGACUGAAUAGUCAUAUAACUCGAGAUGAAUCAUCAGGCUUUUUUGGUCAAUCAAAACAAAAUACUGCAUCAAACGGUCAAGAAUUGAACAGAGGUUAUGGCCAAUCGUCAAGUUUUAAUUCAGACUACACUGGAAGUUCUGGAGGUUACGGAGGUGGAUAUAAUAAAAACGUUAAAGAGUCUCGUACUCGAUCGGAGUACGUUCAAAAUGGCGAGGGAAAUCAAUUUGGAUCUCAACAAAGUGGUGUUAAUAGAAACCAAAGAAACUUUGACGAAGGAAGGCAAUCUCAUUCUGGUGGAUUAAGUGGUUCACAAGCUCAAACAUUAUCGACUGGUAAUAAUAAUGGUCAAUAUGCUUCUACUCAAGGAUCGGCACAAAGCGAAUCAAAUGGUUUUAGAUAUGGAAACGACAAUAGGCGUUCCGAAGUUCGUGGUUAUGAAAAUCAGGCUGAUGGAAGUGAAACCUUCAAAGGCCAACAGUUGAAAACCACAUUAGGAUCAGAACACUCAACUGGAUAUAGUAGCUCACAAGCUCAAUCUUCAUCUUCUGAUAAAAAUGGUCAAUAUGCUACUUCUCAAGGAUCAGCGCAAAGUGGAGCUAAAGGUUAUGGAUAUGGAAAUAACAAUAGGCGUUCAGAAGUUCGUGGAUAUGAAAAUCAGGCUUAUGGAAGUGGUUCCUAUAAAGCACAACAGUUAAAAUCCACAGAAGAAUCAGCUGGAUAUGGCGCUACUGUGGAUGGUCAAAUGGCUCUGUCUGGUAGUAAUAUUGGAGCAGGGUACGGGCAACAUCAAACAGCUCUUCAUGGAGCUCUCGAGCUGGCAUCUCAAGGAUUACAAACUGCUAAGAAUUCUGAAUGCAGUACGUGCCAGAAAAGUACUUACGCUCUGAGUAAUGCCAAGAGUCACAGUGGUUCAGCAAUCGCGCUUUCUAUUGGAGGUUAAUUCAAUUAUUAAAAAUAUGUAAACUUCAUUUUAUAAAUGUAAAGAAAUGUAACAAGUCUAUACAUAAAGUCAAUUAAUGUAAGUGUGAAUAAAACAAAAAGCGCUUGAA